AUGGCGUCCAUCCAGCUUACUGCCCCGAACGGCACUUCAUACACGCAGCCCACAGGUCUGUUUAUUAACAAUGAAUUUGUCUCGGCUACUAGCGGAGAAAAGAUUGAGACAAUCAACCCGUAUGACGGGUCUGUGAUCUGCGCUGUGGACGCAGCAUCCGAGGCAGACGUCGACAGCGCCGUCGCCGCCGCCCGAGCCGCAUUCAAGGCUGCAAGCUGGCGCAAACUCCCAGCGUCCGACCGUGGUUCAUUGCUGUACAAGCUGGCUGAGCUCUGCGAGAGAGACAGCCACAUACUAGCCACCAUUGACGCCUGGGACAAUGGCAAACCAUACCAAGCUGCUUUGGAGGAAGAUGUCGCUGAUAUUGUCUCGGUCUUCAAGUACUAUGCCGGCUGGGCGGACAAGACUAAUGGCCAGACUAUUGAGACCUCCGAAGCUAAGCUUGCCUACACGCGGCAUGAACCGAUUGGUGUCUGUGGUCAGAUCAUUCCCUGGAACUACCCCAUCAUGAUGGCAGGCUGGAAGCUUGCACCCGCCCUGGCUACUGGUAACACAAUAGUUCUAAAGGCAGCAGAGCAAACACCCCUGUCGAUCCUCUACCUCGCUGGGUUGAUCCGAGAGGCUGGAUUCCCUCCAGGUGUCGUGAACAUCAUCAACGGCUGGGGAAGGGUCGCAGGAGCAAGCCUGGCUGGCCACUCUGGCGUCGAUAAGAUCGCUUUCACCGGCAGCACCACCACCGGAAAGGCUAUCAUGAGGGCCGCAGCCAACAACUUGAAGAACAUUACUCUCGAGACAGGUGGCAAGAGCCCUCUCAUCGUUUUUGCUGAUGCUAACCUUGAUCAAGCCGUGAAGUGGUCACACGUUGGUAUCAUGAGCAACAUGGGUCAGAUUUGUACCUCAACGUCUAGAAUUUAUGUCCAGGAAGCCGUCUAUGAGGAAUUUCUGUCUCGGUUUGUGGAAUAUACCAAGGAGAAUUCCGUCGUAGGAAACCCAUUCGAUUCAAAUGUCACUCAUGGGCCCCAAGUGUCCAAACUACAGAAAGAAAAGAUCCUCGGCUACGUCGAGACAACGAAGAAUGAAGGUGCCAGACUCCUCCAUGGCGGAGAUUCUCCCAGUGGCCAAGGAUACUUUGUCAACCCAACAAUCUUUGCUGAUGUGCGGGAUGAUAUGACGGCCGUCCGCGAGGAGAUUUUCGGUCCUUUCGUUGUUAUCCAGUCAUUCAAGACCGAGGAAGAAGUCGUGCAGAAGGCAAAUGACUCCGAGUAUGGUCUCGGCGCUGCCAUUUUCACACAGGACAUCACCCGGGGUCAUACAAUCUCAGCGGCAAUUGAAGCGGGAAUGAUCAACAGCUCCCAAGACUGUCAUUUUGGUAUUCCAUUUGGUGGCGUGAAGCAGAGCGGGAUCGGUCGAGAGCUGGGCCAAUACGCUCUCUCAGCAUACACGCAAGUCAAGGCUGUCCAU